UUGAGCUGCCUGUGUCGCAGCUGGAAAGAUUCCAGUCCGUCUCCGUUAUAACCUAAUUAAACGAGCAACAGUCAUUGACUUUGAGAGACGGACAGACCCCAGUACUGGUCACUCGAAGACAGCUGUAGGUACCAACUUGCAAAAUAGUGUCCACUUUAUAUAUUAUAUCUAGAUUUAGCAUUAGGAUGGCUGGUAUUGGCAAGCUGCGCGUCGCUGUCAUCGGGGCUGGUGCUGCGGGACUGUGCGCGGCCCGUCAUCUUCUCUCCCGUCCCGACACCUUUGCACCACCUGUAGUGUUCGAGCUCACCAAGAACGUUGGAGGGACAUGGGUCUAUGAGGAAAGAGUGGGAUAUUACGACAAUGGUUUACCUAUCCACAGCAGCAUGUACAGGGACCUCAGAACCAAUAUUCCCAAGGAGGUGAUGUCUUUCCCUGACUUUCCUUUCGCAAAGCAUCUUCCCUCUUUUGUCCAUCACACAGAGGUGCGGAAGUACCUUGAGCAGUACUGUGAUCAUUUUCGUCUGUGGGACCACAUAAAGUUUGGCACCACGGUGGCCUUGGUGACUCCAGUAGAAGUAAAGGGUGGUUGGAAUGGACUGGCUUGGAAUGUCACUUCCAAUGAUGGCCUAGACCAUUGCAAAUCCAUUACAGAGAGAUUCGAUGCUGUUAUGGUGUGUAAUGGACAUUUCUAUGACCCUUACAUCCCUGCAAUACCUGGACUGGAAAAAUUCAAAGGGACUCUGAUGCACAGUCAUAAUUACCGUAGUGCUGAACCUUUGGUGGGAAAGUCAGUGGUGCUACUGGGAGCUGGUCUCUCUGGAUUAGAUAUUGCAAUGGAGCUCUCCAGUGUUGACGCUAAAGUUAUUCUUAGUCAUGGACAGCGCCCUUUGACCUGCCCUCUUCCUCCAGGAGUCCAGCAGGCUCCUCCGGUAACCUCUGUACUAGAUGAUGGCUCUCUAGAGUUCAAAGAUGGGGAGAAGGCCAAGCCAGAGGUGUUUUUGUUCUGCACAGGCUACAACUUCACUUUCCCUUUCCUGGAUGACAAAGUGGGUGUAAGAGUCCAGGAGCACCUGGUCUGGCCACUCUAUAAAUUCCUAAUACCUCCGGCCUACCCAUCACUCUUUAUAGUGGGUAUCUGCAGAGCUAUAUGCCCCUUCCCACAUUUCCAUGUUCAGACUCAGUUCGUCCUGUCAGUGUUGGAUGGUUCUUUCCCUCUUCCGUCACGUCAGGAAAUGGAGAGAGACAUUGAAUUGGACAUUGCUGCCCGCUGUACCCGUGGGAUUGCCACCCGCCAUAUCCUUAAACUGGAUUCUGAGCAGUGGGCCUACAACGAUGAGCUUGCCCACCUGGGAGGAUUCCAACCCCUCCCACGUUAUUGGAGCAACCUUUAUGAAUCCAACAAGGUGUUCCGCGCGCGAGACAUGCUCAAUUACAAAACCUACAACUACACUGUCUCUGAUGACAUGGAGUGGAAUGUGCAGGAUUUGCAUGGCAAGCAGUUGAAGAAACCUCUGGCUAUUAAAAAAUGAUUCCAGGCUGUGAUGGGAAAAUACCCCAUUAUUUCAGGUGCUAGCAAGCAUGUGCCAAUGUAGCAAGUAAAAUUAGGAUAUUAACAAAUUGUUCAUUAUUCUGACUACCGUAAUAUGUUUUCCAGAUUUAAAAAUUUCUAACCAUACUUUUUUAUUUGUAUUUUUUAUAAAAAGCUAAGUUGUCCCAUACAAAAAUUAUUAAUGAAAUAAUUUGGUUCUAUUACAAAUAAUAUGUUUCUGGUCUUAUUAUUUGUAACAAGCGCACAAUAAAAAAUGCAUGUAAAAAAAUAAAUGAAC